UCUACCACGCACAACGCCCUCGUGCGUGAGCUAUUUCUUAAGCGCUUGCCCGCCCAAGUCCAGACGAUGCUGGCCACUGCUUCAACCCAGGAUCUGUCAGAGCUCGCUUCAUUGGCCGACAUGGUGAUAGAAGUUGUCAAUCCACUUCGGCUGGUUGUAGCUUCUUCCUUGCACCUGGUUGGGAAGCCGUCCGGCCGACCGCUAACGGCAACGAGCGGUCGCGCCCCUACCCCCUGUCGCCUCUUCUACGUCAUCGGUAAGGUCACUGGUCAACGCUUCCUGAUCAACACAGGGGCACAGAUUCCUGUGUACCGUAGGUUGUACCAGCUGGGCCCUGAGCGUGACGUCCUCAAGCGUAUUAAGCGAAUGCCGGUGAAACCUUGAAUGAAAUCUUUCUUUUUCCAACUGCAUACCGGCACACUACCUGUGAUCCUCUCCUCCACCUGGGAGAGGAUGACUCGAACGAACUUGUUCCUCCCGGUC